AUAAAAUAGUGUUUUUGUUGCCACAACAACAAUACAGCUUCUUUUCAGAUUUCUCCCUCUUUCUCUCUUUAUUCUAGUUAAACUACGGAGCCCUAAAUCUCCCCUCUUUCUUUCUUAUGAAUCCCUAAUUGUUAGGUUUCCGACAUUGUAAAUCUCGAAAUCGAAUCUAUGGCGAAAGGCACAGCCACAGGUUGCAAAAGGGAAUUGCAAUUCAUGUUGAAAUCUCAGUCGGAGAUCUGCGGAGGAGAGUCUCUAGGUCGGACCCGUGGAAGCAAAAGCUCGAUUACCCGCCACCGCCACUCCACAACGAGUACGGAUCCCACCACCAGUCGGGUCCUUAGGUCUGCUGGGAUAAAGAAGAUGCGUCUCAUUACAAAAGAAGACGAGGGUGUUGCAAUGUCUGAUUCUGUUGUCGAAGAAGAAAAGAGCGACGUUGUCGACGAGGUUGUUGACGAAGGGAAGGGAUCUUUCUGUGAAUCUGUAAAGGAACGUUCGGUUGUGCUGGCAUGUCCUGCUAGUUCUAGUGACCUGGCGAAGCUGACUUCAAGAACUUCUUGUCGUGUUAAGUUGAAAAGUGGUGGUCUUCUUGGUGGUUAUGGAAAGCCCGGUACAAGGUUGACCCGAUCCAUGUUGAAGCCUGGGUGUAUUAAAUCUGAGCCUAACGUUGAUGAUGGUAUGGAUCCGGAAAGGGAAGCUAAAGUUAGUUGCAAAUCUGAGGCUAAGGGUGAUGAAGAUCAUAGAAGUUCAGAGAAAGAUGCUAAAGUUAGUGAAGAAAGUUGUGUUGAUGCGGCUACUUUAGUGGCAUGUGGGACUCGGGAGGAUGAUCCGAUUGGAUUGUCGCUGACGAGUGGUCUUAGACCUUGUGGUGUUAGCAAGGCAGUGAAGGACAGAGUAGAUAAGCCUUUGAGUAGGUUAACUAGGUCAUUAGUAGUCAAACAAGAGAGUGAUUUGGAAAAUAACACCGAAUCUUCUGACUUGGGCAAGGUAGAUGUGCAUGCCGCCAAUGAUGUCGACAUGGAUGAUUUUCAAAAUCCUUCGGUUACAACUCCUAGCAAACGUGGAAGGCCUAGAAAAUUUAUGAGGAACUUCCCAGCGAAGCUGAAAGAACUUUUCGAUUCUAGAAUUCUUGAGGGGCUAACUGUGUACUAUCUUCGAUGUGCAAAGAUGAGAGAGGCUGGGGCUAGAGGGCUUAAAGGAGUAAUCAAAGGAUCUGGCGUUUUGUGCUUUUGUUGUGCCUGCAAAGGAACUCAAGUGGUUAGCCCCGCAGUGUACGAGCAUCAUGCUUCUAGCAUAAAUAAGCGCUCGACUGAAUAUAUUUUGCUGGAAUCUGGAUUCACGCUUCGUGAUGUCAUGAAUGCAUGCAAGGAAACUCCCUUUGAUACACUAGAAGAAAAACUUCGUGGGGUAGUUGGACCAGAUUUAAAGAAAUCUAGCCUGUGUUUCAGUUGCCAAGGUCCAAUGAUUGAGCCUCGUGAAACAAAGUCGUUAUUUUUGUGCAAAUCGUGUUUGGAGAGAAAGGAGCCAGAACUCCCUACCAGUCCUUCUCAAGCAACUGGUGCUCAUAAGGGAUCGUCUAACCCAAGUGUGGUUCCAAAAACUAUCCUUGAUAGGUCAAUAUCCAGUGCUCGCCAAAGUAACAUGCGUGAACUACAAACCCAAAAGUCACCUGAGCCUUCAGGAACUAUUGCGAAUGAGUCAAAAUCCAGCUCCAUCAAAAGCAACAGCCAUAGGAAACUAACCAGAAAGGAUUUGCGGCUGCACAAACUUGUUUUUGAGGAUGAUGUACUGCCAGAUGGGACCGAAGUGGCUUAUUUUGUUGCUGGAAAGAAACUGCUUGUCGGCUACAAGAAGGGAUUUGGGAUACAUUGUUCUUGUUGCAACAAAGUGGUCAGUCCUUCCGCGUUUGAGGCCCAUGCUGGCUGUGCAAGUCGUCGGAAGCCGUUUCAGCACAUUUAUACAACCAAUGGCGUGUCUCUUCAUGAACUAUCAGUAGCACUAUCAAAGGACGAGAAGUUUUCCAUCCGUGAAAAUGAUGACAUUUGCCGUAUCUGUCAGGACGGGGGUGAACUCUUGUGUUGUGAUACCUGUCCAAGAUCAUAUCAUAUAGCAUGUGCUGGUUUAUCAAGCCUUCCCAGUGAGAGGUGGUCCUGCCAAUAUUGUGUGAAUAUGAUUGAGAGAGAGAAGUGCGUGGAGAGCAAUCGUAACGCCGUUGCAGCUGGUAGAGUUCGUGGAGUUGAUGCAAUUGCUCAGAUAGCCACAAGAUGCAUUCGAAUUGUCAGCUCUCUUGUGAGUGAACUCCCAAGUGUGUGCGUGUUGUGCAGAGGCCAUAGUUUUUGCAGGUUGGGCUUCAGUUCUCGCACUGUGAUACUCUGUGAUCAGUGUGAAAAGGAGUUCCAUGUUGGCUGUUUGAAAGACCAUAACAUUGCUGAUCUCAAGGAGCUACCUAAAGAUAAAUGGUUUUGUUCCCCUGGGUGCAAAAAGAUCAACACUUCAUUAGGCGAUCUGAUAGUUCAAGGAGAAGAGAAGAAGCUUAGUAACAAUUUCCUGAAUUUUAUACGGAAGAAGCAAAAACCUAAUGAAGAAAGCUGUCCAAAUGACAAUUCCACUCCAAACAUAAGAUGGAGGAUCCUUAGUGGAAAGUUGGCCUCUUCGGAUGAUACAAAGGAGUUUCUUAAGAAGGCCCUUUCGAUUCUUCAUGAGCGGUUUGAUCCCAUCUGUGAAUCUGGGACCAGAGGAGAUCUCAUUCCAGCCAUGGUGUAUGGAAAGAAAGCAAAAGGCCAUGAUUUCAGUGGCAUGUACUGCACCAUGUUGACUGUGGAUGAAGUGAUUGUUUCCGUUGGAAUCUUUAGGGUUUUAGGACCUGAACUUGCGGAACUCCCUCUGGUUGCUACCACUAGAGAUUAUCAAGGACAGGGUUACUUUCAGUGCCUGUUUGAUUGCAUAGAGAGGGUGCUUGGAUCCCUAAACGUGAAACAACUGGUGCUGCCAGCAGCAGAUGAAGCCAAAUCCAUAUGGACUGACAAAUUCGGUUUCACCAAGAUGACGGAAGAGGAGGUGAACGAAUGCAGAAAAGACUACUCGGUGAUGGUCUUUCAUGGAACAUCUAUGUUGAGAAAGAAGGUACCUGGAACGAGCAGUGCUGACGUGAGUAAAGCUGAAGGUUAAUAUUUUUGGGUUUCUUUUGGAAGUAGGUGAAUCGAUAUAGGUUUCGAUGAUGCCUCUCUUUAUGCUUUGUAUUUCUUUGGUUAGUAGUAGACGCGUAUUAGUAGUGUACAGGUUUUUUUCCCACCUAAUGUGUCGUCUUUGGCAACUGAAAGAGAUGCACAAAAGGGUUGGGUCAUGUUGUAGAAUAGUUAGAGAGACGAGGCAAGCUAUUUUCCUAACUCUCGUCUUCUGGGGUCUUAUUAGUGGCGAUUGUAUAAGUAGCUAAUUUUUUGUAGUGCCAAGACGAAAAUGAAAAAAAAAAAUAUUUCUUUGCCU